AUGCAUCGCACCCAGAACUACCGGAAAACGACCACCGAAACAUCUCUUUGUAUCAUGGUCCUACCAGUACAGUGUACGAUGAUACAAGCCCGAAUCACAGCGAGCAGCCCAGACUUGGUGGGCACUCCAACGAGGAGGGAAUACGGCACUUCCUCUUUUCUCAGACAGCCAGACAAAGUGAGAACAAACUCAGAUAGCCUCACAAGUCCCCAUGAUACUAAUCAAACGUCAACAGGACAAUUAGAACCGUUGAAUCUUGCUGCAGGGAAGCUUGAUUUCGAUGAUGUCGACCCUGAGAUCGGAAUGCAUCUGCUUUCCAUCUACUGGAGCCGUCAGCUUUACACAGCACAGAUCAUAUACCGACCUGCGUUUAUGCGAGACAUGGCCUGUCAGGGGCCGUACUUCUCAAAAUUGCUUCUCAAUGCAAUCUUCUUUGUCGUAUCGAAGCACUGCCCUCGAACUGAAUUAAGAUCUGACCCGAACGACAUAACUACCGCGGGAUGGAAGUUCCGCCAACGCUUCACUCAACUACUACGAGAUUGCUUUGACAAAAGUGAAAUCACGACACUCCAAGCAUUGCUCAUAAUGUCCAACGCGUUAUUCUCUAGAUGCGAUGAGCGCAGUUUGUCGUGGCUUUAUGCUGGUAAUGCAUUCAACAUGUUCAUUGACCUUGGUCUACAUGUACUGCCUACCACAGAUACCAUCUCAGCCGAGGAACUAGAGAUUAGAAAAAGAGUCCUCUGGGGGGCAUAUCUUAUCGAUAAAAUCCAAUGUCUUUUCCAGGGACGGCCACCACUUCUCAGUCACGUCAACCUGAAGGCGUCAAUGAACUUUCUUGAUGAUUAUGAUGAGCUAGAACCAUUUCAAGACAUCUCAUACAUGGCCAUCAGGCCCCGGAAUGUGGUUCCUUCUCUCAACGUUUCUUUGCUCACCAAGCUGUGUGAGUUGACAACUAUCAUCGAACGUAUUUUGCGUGAGAUUUACUCUGAGUCUCGGGAGUCCAAAUCGGUACAAAGGGCCACAAUUUCAGAAGAGAUUAAGUCCCAACUGCGGAUUUGGCGAGAAACUCUUCCACUUCAACUCGACUAUCUGUCGUCCUCGAAUCAGGCUGUCCUGUUGCCUCAAUCUGCUUGUCUUUUAGCUCUGUUUAACGUUCUAGUAAUUCUUGUGCACCGCCCUCUCAUUACUGGUGGGCAUAACGGCGUGAUAAAUCCCGCAACUGCCCAUGAGUCAGUGAAUGCCUGCACAGCCGCUGCCAACCAGAUUAUGCAAAUUCUCCACGACUACUCACAGCAGUUCUCUCUCAGCACAGCACCGUACAUGCUUUCGUAUGCCACCUAUAUCAGCGCAACUAUCCACGCCCGAAUUGUCGCACAAAAAGGGAGUAACUCGUCCGUGUUUCAAUCCCUGAUUCUCUGUCGAAACAUCUUGAUUGAGCAUCGCCGCCUUUACGCAGCAGCAGGAAAAGCCAAAGAGAACCUUGACAAGUUGACUUCUCAUCUUGGCAUAAAAAUCGACGAAAGUGAUCGAUUCGGUGAUUCCGUGCAAAGUGUCACCAGAGAAAAUACUGUUUUGGAAGAUUCAACGAGCUUCACUGGAGAGAUGAGCUCUACAGAUCGCGCACCUGAGUUUGCAUCUUCCUUUAUGAGUCUGGAGCUUUCAGAUAUGGACCUUGAAGCGAUCGCCCAGGGCUUCCAGGUUGAUGUUGAGUCGCAUUCAUUUUGGCACUCACUGGGGGCGUAA